GGCACACAUUACAGCAUACACGAAUAAUUCAUUAUGUAUUUGGAUAAAAUAACCGAAAAAGUUCUCUCAAACAAAAGCUCAAAAGAUUGAUACUGAGAGUGGAUCUUCCUGUCACCUGACAAAGACCAUGAAACUACAAAGAACCUCCCAAAGCAGAAAUUUUUUUCUUAUUCUCUCAUAAAAUUCUUGUCUUUCCCACAUCAAUCUUCUUCUCGAGACAAACCAAAUUUCUUAGUCUCUUUUCAUCCCAUCAAUCGAAGGCUAAGCUUAAAACUAUAGAAAAUAUUCGAAAAUUGGAGAUGGUAGAAUUUAGGUACUUACUUUGUACCACAAACUUCCAUUGAUGCUCUCCCAGCUUCUGCAGGCAAAUAUCAUCCUUAAAGAUGAGAUCAGACCUGUCUAACUUGCAUUCAGCAGUCGGCCUUCACUUUUUCAUUAGAAGCAUAACUAGGGGCGAAGUUGUCAGAACAAAUUAUUAGCCAAGACCGUUUUCCUCAAUCAAUCUUGCUUAAACAAAAGAUUCUUGUAAACCAUUCGAACAUGAAUUUAGAUACAUGAUUAAUGAUAUCUCUACUUUUUUUCUGAACAUAUAAUUUCUACCAACUGAAUCAACUUGGAUAACACAUCAAGAGAAGCCCAAGUUACACAUGUAUCAGAUUAGCUCAUAGAUUCCAAGUCUCUACUAUUUCCAAACUUUACUAAUUUAUAAACGAACAACUGGCUUUUGGAAAUAGGGAUAAGGAAAAACACUAGUCCAAAAUAGCACUAUCUGUGGAACUUGCAGCAAUUCAUUAGUUUCAAAUUUCCCAAUCACUCAGAGUAAAAAAGAUAAUAAUAAAAAAGAUAAUAAUAUAUGAGAAGGAAAACAAUGGAAAAGACACAUACCUCUCCUCACAACUUCUGCACCUGAAACACCCACGGAGAACAUAGAAAUGAACAGAACAAAUUAUGGGUGAAUUAUGCAAAAGAUCCUAAAUUAUGCAAAAGAUAUAUCUAUGUCACCAUAUGAUGAUUUCUCAGUGAUAGUCUAGAACCAUUUAUUUCAAUCAAGACCACUUCACACAAUAAAGAAAAAGAACAUACUUCUAAUUCUGGCUUGGCACUGUUAUAUGUUAAGAGAUAUUUUCCCUCUGAAGAAAGUACACCAUGAUAAGCAUUGAGAAAUAGAGUGGAGUAAGAAAGAUUGGUUACAGCCAAAUCCAGAGUGGCUUUAGUCUUAGCAGCGCAUACAAGCAACAGUAUGAGAGGCAGGAAGAGCAGACAAAGUCUGCACAGGGAUCUUUGUAGAAAAUAUCGUGGGCAACCAUUUUUUGAUUCUCCUUACCACAAGACUUCACAGUUGCAAGCUCCAAUCCUAGAAAAUGAUCAAACCUACUUGUAAUCUCUCACUUUUAUGUCCCUCUUUGUAACACGAGUAAUAAUUUUAUGCCAGCAUGCCAAUUACAUAAAUUUGCUAGUUCUUACUAACUAGAAUAGGCUUAUUAGCACUUAGAGAAAGAAUUUCAAAUGCAAUUGCUAGCUUUUCACUGUGACGAACAAAUUUGUCCUCUUCUUCAAAACAGAAGAACUAGAUUCUGCAUGACAUCCAUUUUUACCAUAGACAAGUAGUUCAUCUAGUUUCUGGUUUGUUUGCCCAGAUUGUGGGUGUGAUUGAUCACACCAAGCAACGGAUGAACAACCCCAUUCGUCUUUACCCAAUUACUUCCUGGACUUUUCUUAAAUCUUCUGCGUUAUUCUAAAGCUUGCAGCACCAUCCAUCUCCUAGAAGAACUCUACAUAUUAGAUAAAAGGAGAAAAUUUUCUGCUCCUUCAGGAUAUAGGCUCUCUAUAUUCUUUGAUACUUCAUCCCCAAGUUUAAUAUUUCCAUCUGUCCUGCUAGCAGAAAUGAGUGUGCACCAUACACAAAUAUAAGGCUCAAAUGGCAUAUUUUUUUAUAAAAUCACGGGCCUCAACCAGAAGUCCACUCUUUGAAAUAAACAAGUGUUUCCCUUCCUCCAAAAUGGCUACAAGAAAAUAGGAGACAAAGAGAAGUGAUGUUAUCUGGUUUUAAACCAGUGACCUGCAUACUAUGGAACAGAAAAAGAGUUUCAGUGGCAAGUGUAUGGAUUCCAUUACUCAGUAUUAUUGCAUUCUACGGGACAGUUUCCCACCUAUGCAUCCUAUUGAAAACUUCCCUAGCAAAACGGAUGUUUGCACACUUUCAUUACAUGUCAAUAAGAGCAUCCCAAAUUGGUAUAUCAAUUGCGAAGCCGUAGAUAAUUGAGUGGCGAUGGUAACAAAACCCAUUUUGUAGAGCAGCCAAUUGCCAGAAAGCUGGCAGGACUCCCAGCAUGGUUGCUGAAUCUGGCUUUACCCCAGAUAAUUGUACUUAUGAAAGAAACUUAAAGCCUCUUCUUCAUUAGCAUUUUGUAUGUACCAAGAACAAACAAUAUGAUGCGGAACCCAGGAUCAACAAUGCAAUCUGAACUCAAACAUGCACAAUGCAUGUGAAACUCAAGAUAUAACUUGCUAUCUGAACCCACACAUACACCCUUAAUAUAGAAACUUAAUCCCUAAAUAAACCAUUCCUAUUAAUUUACAAUCAACUAGUGAUUAGAAUUAAGGUAGUUGUAAUAAAGAUAAAUGAAUUGACUAAAACGCCAUAAGGAUACCUUGAUAAGUUGAAAUUAAUUUAAGAAAAGAAGUUGAUUAGAAGAAUGCUACAAAAUUUUUUUGAUAAGUUAAAAUUAAUCCUCCAUGCAACAAAAAAGUUGAAGAAACCUUCAAGAAACAAGGUAGCCUUCGGCUACAUUGUGAAUAACUUUUUUUUUUUUAUUCCUUGAAUUAAUUAAAAACAAAUACAAUGAGACCUAUUUAUAGAGAUAGGCUGUGAGACUCCAAAAGGAAAAAGACUCCUAAUUAGUAAUGAUUCCUAACGAAUGCUUAUCUUAAAGACCAUAAUUUCCUAAUGCUUAAUUGUAUGAUAAAGAUCCUCUACUCUUGGAUUAAAGAAGAACCAAAUUACAAGGACUCUUCAAUUAAUCCAGAACUCCCACAUGGCAUAUGACUCUUUAAUCUUCAUGAUGUUGAGGUGGAAACCCGACCAUAUCUUUGUAGAAGAAAGGAUGGCAAGGAUUCCAAAUUUAAUAAGAUUGUGUGGCUUGUAGAUGAGUUGAAAUCCAGCCAUGUUUUGAUAGAAUAAGAACUUUUACUCCUUAUGAAAUUUGGGCUGAGACUGUCCAUAAUUGAUGGGAUAAAGCUCCUUAGUGAUCGGUCUCCAUGUAGGAUAAGAACUCAUUCAUAAUCGGCUUCCAUGAAGAACAAGGACUCUUUAAAGAGUAAGGACUCUUUGAAGAUUGGUUUCCAUGACUUACAGAGGAAUAAGGAUGCUUAAUAAUCAGCUUGGAACAGUCCUACAUUCGGCCAUAACUUGUAGGAGAGUUUGCUUGAGAAUCCAUAAGUUGUAGGAGAGGAACUUGGCUUGAUGGAUUCGGCCUCCAUGUUCCCAUGGGCCUCCAAAUCCGGCCCAAGCCUUCCUUCUACCAUUACUCCACUCUUGAACAUAAGCUUGAAAGACUUGCUUGAGUUUCUUGGCCAUGAUCUUGUGAUGCUCCACUUGACAUAAUGAUAGUCCUCCCAUGCGGCCAAGUCCAUCUUGAAUUGUGUCCAUCUUCUACUUGUCUCCAUGAGGGUGAUAAAGACUCCCAUAUUUUCUAUGAUGAUAGAUGCCUGGAUCUUCAUCACAAUAGCCCACGAGAUCAUCAAAAUGCCUGAUUGAAUCACCUGCGAUCCCACACUUUGCACACAGAGAAAGUAGUGUGUUGCUGACCAUCACACAAAGAAACAAACCCUGCUUUCGUCCCAUAACCAUGCAGGCAUCUCCCUCCAAUGAGAUCAUCAAUUAACCUUGCAGAAACUCUAACAACAAACAAUCCCGAGAGUCCUUGAAGAUAGAAUUGUUGCAUUGAUUUGAUUAAACAGCUCUAAUGCAUCAGAUUAUCCGUAAUGCAAGCUCCAAUCAUAGAGGUACAAGUUACCUCAUUAUUUAAACCCACAACCUUUCGAGCCUAAACUAUGCACUUACAUUUGGGGCAAAAAUGGUGGAAUAAUUGUGUCUAGUUUAACCUCUUUUUCUGCAUAUCCAACAAGUAACCAAAUCGAAUGGAUAUAGAUCCCGUUAAGUGAAAAACCAUCAAAUAUUGCAUUCCAUGAAAUAACAACUCUGUAAGGCAUUCUAUCGAACAAUUCAAGUGCAUUAACCACAUACCAAUACUAACAAAACAAACCAAUGAAAAUUUAGACAACAGACUCCAGAGCGAGUCCCUUAGUAUGAUCAGGCACCUUUUUGCCAUCUUCCACAGCUUGCAGACCAGAACACAGGAGUACACUUUUUAAGGAAAAAGGGUACAAUCACUUGGUGGGUUUCAAGCAUCUCGUACCACAAUGUUGCUUGCUCCAUGGGUCUGUUUCCCGGGUGCGCUUUCAUCAUCAAGUUGGACAGAACUUCAGAUUGGGAAUCGUAUCGGACAACGUGAAGCGCAAAUAAUUUGUAGAAGAGUAAAAAACUCAAAAAGAGGAAACUUUUUCAAAUAAUUUAUAAAAAAAAUAAUAAGAUAUUCAAAAGAAUAACCUUUUUUUGGACAUAUCCCAAAUAAAUAAUUACCUGGAUAGAGUAUGAUUACAUGGCGCAAUAUGAUUUGUCCUUGCUACUAAACGGUCACCAGAGAAACGUUAUAAAUCACGGACCUUUAAGAACCGACUUAAAUUAAAAAAAUGGGAAAAAAAGAAAUCCUAAUUUGAGUAGGAAAAAUUAUUAUAUUCUCUAUUCCCUUUUAAAUAGCAUCAGUUGUUCCUACCUUCAUCAAAUCAUCAUCAUCUUCUGGUUCUUCUAUGUGCCGAUUUUCUCUGAAAAUCGUUGCACAGGGUAAUUUAUUUUCCAUGGAGGAAGUCGAUAAUGCCUCGGCAGGCAUCGAAGCGAGGAAGGAUGCAGAGAAUUUCUUCAAGCAAGGAAAUCUCGACAAGGCUCUCGAAACAAUUAUGAAAGCCGCCGAACUCGAACCUAAGCAGCCCGAUAACCUCAAGUUCUUCGCCGCCUACAUAACUCACAAAGGCGCCGCCAUGAACAGGAGCUUCUAUACGUUACUUCGAAUUAAGGAUCCAUUCACCGAUGUGGAUGCCAUUGAGGAAGAGUACAGGAAAAUUGAGCGGUUGCUUAAUCCCGGAAAGAACGAGUCUAUUGCUGCCGCGAAUGCUUUGAAGAUUGUCAAUGCAGCAUAUGAGGUUUUGUCAGAUCCCGAUAAACGCCUCGCUUACAAUUCUCGGAUGGGGUUUGUGCCCAAGGAUAAUGCAGAAUAUUCUUCUGCAUCGGAGAAGAAAUCCCUUGCACCGGCCGCUGAUGUUCCACCUCCGGCUACAGUGAAACACCAAACGAUGCCGUAUAAUAUCAAAACGGAGAUAGAUCAAUCACCAUCGCCGAGGACAGAAUCGGCCUCGGUUUCUCCGACGACGCCGUAUAAUAUCAAAACGGAGAUAGAUGAAUCACCAUCACUGAGGAAAGAAUCGGCCUCGGCUUCUCCGGCUACAGUGAAACACCAAACGACGCCGUAUAAUAUCAAAACGGAGAUAGAUGAAUCACCAUCACUGAGGACAGAAUCGGCCUCGGCUUCUCCGGCUACAAUGAAACACCAAACGACGCCCUAUAAUAUCAAAACGGAGAUAGAUGAAUCACCAUCACUGAGGUCAGAAUCGGCCUCGGUUUCUCCGGUUACAGUGAAACACCAAACGACGCCGUAUAAUAUCAAAAGUGAGACAGAUCAAUCACCAAGUACACGAUCGGCGUCGGCUUCUCCGGCUACAGUGGGACGUCGAAAGACGCCGUAUAAUAGAAAAAGGAAGAGAUAUCAAUCACCAACAAGAACAGAAUCAUCGUCGUCAUCGACUCAUAGUCCUGAAAAAAGUUUCCAACCAUCACCGAAACGCUGCGAAGGGUGUAAUCGUUUACUCUGAUACAAGUUUACCUCUCCGCUUUAGGAUUGGGUUUAAAUUAUAAUUUAAUGUUAGUUUGGGUAUUUAAUUUAUCAGUUCAUUAGGAACUGAUUACUUUUUUUCUGGUUAAAUUUUCGAAUCAUCAUUUUCAGCAUGUACAAUGUGACCGGAUAUAUGUUUUUACUAUAUCCCAUUAUAAAUCACAGUUUUUGAGUUUAAA